AUGCGAGACCGACCGGAGCGAAUCGACCCGGUGAAUCCACGGCCCUCAAAGGAAACUAGCUACCUCGGUGGGGCCAUGAUGACGCCGGAACGGAAGAGAGACGCUGAAAGCUCGCCUAACGUGUCUCCACCGACGGACCGCCACGACUCAAGACCACCUCUGAAGAAACUGGCGUUGGCUGAGGAGAAUGAGUUGGCUGUUACCUGCCCACCCUUGUCGGUGAAAAGUGGUCUGGAAGAAUGGGAUUCCGACAAUGCUACCAGUGCGCGCUUACUGAACCCUGUAAUGGCCCCCGGAUACUCCUCCCUAGUCCAAGAGGAGUCCGUCGGCCAGGACCUCCUACAAGAACGGUUGGCGUCGGAAUGGGAAAGCCAGAAGGCACUUAUCCUGCGGGAGAAGGAUUCUCAGGUAGCUAUGCUAACACGGCAGUCCACCGAGAAACUUCGCUCAAUACGAGCGGAGGCAGCCCACGCCAUGGAAGUCCGCCACAUGGAGGAGGCCAUUCAUCACGAAAGCGCUCUCAACCAGUUGCGAGAAGAUCACCGUUCAGCGAAGCGAGCACACGUAGAGGAUGUCCAGCUCUUAGCGGGGGAAUCUCGGAAAGAUAUCGCGACGUUGGAGUCGACUUACGAAGCACGAGAUGAAUAA